AUGGCGGUCGCGAGCAGCACGACAUCCUCGCUCACCUCGACGUCGCAUACCCUCUCACACGCCCCGGCCAUGGCGCAAUCCGUCGUUCAAUCUGAGAGCGUUUCGGCCACUACGGUGUUUCUCGACUCGACGUUCCCCUCCAAUCGGCACGCCUUCCUCCAGCCGUCACCCCUACUCCCAACAGGGUCUCUCCAGCUAGCCAAGGAGACACUCGAUGCGCUAGCCGGCCAGGUCGCUGACCAGCAGCAGCAGAGGUUACGGGAUGCAGGCAAGAAGCGGAAGCGAGAUGGCAACCAGGAUAAGGCCGCAGUCUUGAAGAUUAGGAAACUGCACGUUGACGGUUUCGAGACGGGCCAGGUGUGGCAGCAAGCCAAAAAGAUCAUCACCAGCGCCCUCCAGGAGUCUACCCGGGUUCUUGAGGAGCUUGAGGAGAACGAAGCGGUUGUGCAGGGUUUGGGAGAUAACGCGGAGGACACCACGGCCAUUGAAUUUGGUGAGGACGGCUUCGAAAUCAGCUCCGGAGAAGAUGAGUCUGCCAGUGACGGCGACACCGAAGAGUCGGAUGACGAAGGUGCAAGCCAAGUUGACGAAGACGAGGAUAUGGUCGACAUGGAGGCUGAGGACGACGAAGAGGAAGAGGAUGCCGAUGAAGAGGCACUAGAUGCUGAGGAAGAUGGGGAGGAAGAAGAAGGAGAAGACGACUACGACGACGAGCCCGAAGAAGAGCUUGUCGAGGAUCCGAAUGGACUCAACGAUGGUUUCUUCUCGAUAGACGACUUCAACAAACAAACACAAUGGUUUGAGGACCAAGACGCACGCGCGGACCCGAAUACGGAUCACUUCAGUGACGACGAGUCGGUCGACUGGCAUGGCGAUCCUUUCUCAGCGAAAAAGCCCCGCAAGAAGAGGGAUGCGGGUGACGAUGACGAGUCGGAACCGGAUAUGGACGAGGAUGAGGACGAGGACGAGGCAGGGCCCGCGCUGAGCAAGAAGGACCUAGAAGACCUGGACGACGAAGACGAUGAGGAUGACGGGGGGAACCUAGACGAUGAUCUCAAUGACAUGGGUCUCGAUCUCACCGCCAACGACAUCUACUACAAGGACUUUUUUGCCCCGCCGAGGAAAAAGAAGAAGCCCGGCAGCUUCAAAAAGCGCCAGGAUUUCCCUGAAGCUUCAAGACCGGACGAAGCCGACGUUGAGAGGGCUGAGAACGAUGUCCGUCGCGAUCUCUUCGACGAUUUGUCCGAGAGGUCCGAUUCUGAGGAUGCGCUCUCUGAUGUCUCGGCUGGUGACCCUCGGUCACGCCGCUCGGCUCACGAACGGAGACAAGCCAAGGUGGCGGCGGAAAUACGAAAGCUUGAAGGCGAGUUAGUUGCCAAGCGGGCUUGGACACUUUCUGGCGAAGCCACCGCAGUCGACCGGCCGCUCAACUCGCUGCUGGAAGAAGACAUGGACUUUGAGCAUGUCGGCAAGCCAGUCCCCGUCAUCACCGAAGAAGUUUCCGAAUCCAUCGAAGAGCUCAUCAAGCGCCGCAUCCUCGCCCAAGAAUUCGACGAGGUGCUUCGCAGACGCCCGGACACCCUCGGUAACCCAAGCGACGCGCGCCGCGGCCUUGUCGACGUGGACGAUACCAAGGGCAAGCAAAGUUUGGCCGAGAUCUACGAGGAGGAGCACGUCAAGAAGUCGAACCCCGACGCCUACGUCAGCCAAGCCGAUGAAAAGCUGCGCCGUGAUGAGGAGGAGAUCAAGAAUAUGUGGAAGGAGAUCAGCGCCAAGCUCGACGCGCUCAGCAGCUGGCACUACAAGCCCAAGCCUGCCGCGCCGACGCUCACUGUCGUUGCUGAUGUUGCGACUGUCGCAAUGGAAGAUGCGCAGCCCACGACCGCCCAGGGCGUGGCCGGCGGCGAGAGCAUGAUCGCACCGCAAGAGGUGUACGCUCCCAGCAAGGAUACUGCUGAGAAGGGUGAGGUGGUGGCCAAGAGCGGGCUGCCAGUAGCCAAGCAAGAGAUGAGCCGCGAGGAGAAGCUGCGGAGGCGCCGGCGUGACAAGGAGCGCAUUCGCAAGGCCGGUGGCACCGAUGCGGGCAAACAAACGAGUAAGAAGGCUCAGGCGCAGCGCGAGACGAUGGGUGAUCUGAAGAAGGGUGGGGUCAAGGUUAUCAACCGCAAGGGAGAGGUAGUGGGCUUGGAUGGGAAGAAGGUGGUGGAGCAAAAAGGGCCGCAAAGUAGCGGGGCGUUUAAGCUGUGA